AUGAAGCAUGAGGUCUUGCCUUUCAACACAAUAGAAUACCAAGUUCGUGAUCAAAAGGGGAUAAAUUUCACAGUAAAUAUACAUAAUAGAACAUGUACUUGCAGUAGGUUUCAAGAAGAUGAAAUGCAUUGUGGCCAUGCAGUAGCUGUCAUUGCAAAGAGAAACUUGAGUGUGUAUGAUUAUUGUGCAAAGUUCUACAGAACAAAAAUGUUGAAGGCAUUGUAUCAAGAAAAUAUUCAUCCUUUGCCCCAUAAAGAUGAAUGGAAUCUCCCACAACACUUGGACAUAAUGGUGUUGCCUCCAAAGACAACAAUCCCUGCAGGAAGACCAAGAAAGAAAAGAAUAAGAUCAAGAGGGGAACCUAAAGUAAUAAUCACUUGUGGGAAAUGUGGGCAACCAGGACAUAACAGGAAGACUUGCAAGAAUACUCCAAUUGAGAAGCCAAACAAACAGAAAAAGUCAAAGACAUAG